ACAUCUGGACUCUGUUCACGCCUACAUUCACAUCGUAACGCAACCUGCGCCUUCUCAAAUCUAACCCUCGCCGUACACCGACAGCUCUACUGAUCGUGUAACGCUGGAAGAUGAAUUAUCGAAUCUCUGCGAUUCUUUUGCAGCAGUGUAACAGUUAAACCAGUGCCGAAUGCGUUAUUGGAUGUGUGUGGUGUCGAAGCUUGAACAGUCCUCUACAGUGAGAAGAUGGCGUCGGACGGAGCGAAAGGGGAGCAGCCACCUCAACUACAAACACUGGUAUCCACCGGUCACGGGGGCGUCGAGGCGAAAUGUGAGUUGAACAUUGACAACCUGAGCAAACCGGAGCUCCUGACCCUUCUGAGCAUCAUGGAGGGAGAGCUUGAGGCAAGAGAUCUGGUCAUUGAAGCUCUUAGGGCUCGAAGGAAAGAGGUGUUCCUACAGGAGCGGUAUGGGCAGUUCAGUCUGACAGACCCGUUCCUCGCCCUGCAGAGAGACUUUGAGUCGGGAACGGGGACGAAGGACCGCAGGGCUGUUAGCUCGAAUCCCAUCACCAUCCUUGAAGCUGUUAUGGCUCACUGCCGCAAGAUGCAAGAGAGGAUGUCUGCCCAGCUUUCGGCCGCUGAUUGCAGACAGAAGAGGCUUGAGAUGGAGAAACUGCAGCUGCAGAGCCUGGAGCAGGAGCACAGAAAGCUGUCGGCUCAGUUAAAGGAUGAGCGAGAGAAAAACAAGCACGUGGUGAUGUCACUGGUACACGAGUGCAAGCAGCUAGCGGCUCGGGUGGUCGAAGAGAACCAGCGAUUCGAGGAGCUCUCGUCCCGGACUGAGCAGGACGGCCGUUCCGCGGGGCGACUGGAGGAGGAGCUGGCGGCUGAGCGCCGCCGUAGCCAACAGAUGGAGGCGGAAAUGGAGAAACAGCUAGCCGAGUUCGACACGGAACGAGACCAGCUACGUGCUAGGCUUAGCCGUGAGGAAACUCGUGCUGCAGAGCUGCGGGUUGAAAGCGACAGUCUGCGCCAGCAGGUGGAACAGCUAAGAACUGAGCGAUGCAAAGAUGCCCCAGUAACUCCACCCGUCGCUGCUCCGACUAAACCCAAAUCUGUGGCAUCUGUGGCCGUUGGCACUGAGGCAGCUGUUUGUAAGUCUGCCUAUUCUCAGACAGACCCACCACUAGAAAAUGAGGGGGGCAGGAAGGUUGCGCUCACCAUCCCUGUGAAGCCCGCGGGCAGCAACUACGCCAGCAUGAACCUUCCUAAGAGUUCCAGUGCAGGUCGGGGGCUACACCACGGAAGCUCUCUGGCCGAAAAUGGGGGCGAAGGCCAAACCGCUCUACAUGGUGUGUCCGCUACGUUGCCAACCGGGGUCAGCCCCCGCGUCCAGGCAGCCCGUUAUAAAUUCCAACCCUCUGCCUCGGAGCAGGACCAAAACGGAACAGCUAACCAGAGCCCUCCUUCAAGGGACCUCUCUCCUACAAAUCGGGAUAACUUUGCAGCCAAGCAACAGGCGCGCCACACAGUCACGCAGGUUCUUUCCCGCUUCACGAGCCCGCCGGCAGGGGGACCCCCGGCAGCCCUUCGGCCUGGACUGCCACACUCCGCUUCUGAAGGGGGGCCUUUCGCUGGCCGCUUAGGCCACCCCCAGAUAGGCCUUAAAUCACCAACUGUUGCCCGUAUCGAUAGGGGUAACCCACCCCCUAUCCCACCCAAAAAACCAGGACUAUCCCAGACGCCAUCCCCUCCUCAUCCACCAAUCAAAGUAGUAGGUGAACCCAACAGGCCCCCAGGAACAGGGCUGGGGGUGGGCCUUGCCAAAUCAACUCCCACCCCUCAGCUUCCACCAAAACCCUCCAUAGAUUUGGGAGGUACGGUACCAGCCUUGACUGCUUCACAGGUGGGUGUUUCCUGGCCAUGGAGGCCCCAGCCAUCAGCAGCAUGUUUGGAGUGUCCCCCUGUCACCGCCUCUUCCACUACAGCCAUUGUCAAUAGCCCCUCCAUAAACCCUGCUAGUGUUUCGUCCCAUUGCUCCCAGCACCUGGGCAGCCCCCUGGCAGCAGCAUCAGGCUGGUGUCCCUCCAUAGUUCCCUCGCUAACCUGCGGUGACCCCGUCCCCCUGGAUGACGGGCAAACCCUUCUUCUCCAAGCUGCUUCCCAGGGAAAUGUCACUUUAUUGUCUAUGCUGCUUAACCAAGAUCCACUAUUGGAUAUUCAUCACCAUCAACAUGAAUUAACCUCUGCCUUGAUCUCUGCUGCUCUAAACGGACACACAGACUGCUUAAAUAUGCUGCUGACUUCAGGGGCUUCUGCUGAUUCUUUUGAUGAAAUGGGAUUUACCGCACUACACGCUGCUGCCGAAAAUGGUCACCACGGGUGUGUGAGAGCUCUUGUCCAGUGUGGAGCUGAUGUGGAGAAAGAGGAUUCUCGUGGAGGGACCCCUCUCUUCUUGGCCUGUGAGCAGGGGCAUGUCGAGUGUGUGAAACUUUUGUUGGACGCAGGAGCGGAUCGUUCACAUGUCACCACAGACAACUGCACAGCUCUACACGCUGCGGUCAGUUCAGGUCACGUGGACCCUCUGAGGCUCCUGCUUCACCACCCAUCACCUAAACCAGAGCUGGGUCACCCCGUGUCUCCCACAGACCCCAGCCAGGAGCUUCCACACCCUGGCGUGACCAAUGGCAGUCACAUCCUCAACCACAGUAACCAGGACGGCUGGACUGCUGCCCACAUUGCUGCAUCCAGGGGUUACAAGAAAUGCCUGGAGGUUUUAUGUAACCAGAGUCAACAGGACAUGGAGAAGAGGGACAAAUGCAACCGCACCAUACAUGAUGUUGCCACAGACGAUUGCAAAAACCUGCUUGAGAACCUGGGCUGGUACACGGUGGUUGUUCAGGUGCUCAUGAGCUCACCUGGACGUCUUUGCCCCGUGGAUCUCCUGGAGGACGGCUGCACCAUUGGCAGAGUUACAAUUCAGCGUCACACCAGCUGGGAGGAGUUAGCCCGGAGUGUAAGUGACCUGCUGACCAAUCACCUGCAGCUGGUUUGUGGGAGCUGGGAGCUGCAGGAAGGACUGGGGAGAGUGGACACUUUGGGACUGUCGGCUGACAGUGUGGCCUCUGUUGUUAUAGGUGAUGCCGUCUGGCUGCUCGGGCAAGAGUUGCCUCAGUCUCCUUGGGACCUUGUACGCAAGCGUCUAAGUCAACGUAUCACCAUACAUCUUAAAGGGUUGUCAGAGUUGGCUCUGGAUGAGAUGACGUAUGACUCUCUGGUACCUCUACAGCUGUUGCAGAACUAUGUUCGCCUGGUGGAACAGUACCGUACCGUAAUCUUGCACGGGCUGGAGGGAAGCUUCCAGGAGUACAUCGCCAACCAGAUCUCUCAUUAUAUUAAGCACAGACAGGAGGCUCAUGGGAUUGGCUGUGAUGUCAUCAGGGUGGAGAUCGAUGAGGGUCUAUCUAAAGAGAACCUGCUGGAGAUCUUCAUCAACUGUGGGUUCCUGGUAUCUUUGCAUGAUGACAGCGGAGGGCGUUGUGUAGUGGUGGUUCUGGAAGGUCUGGAGAGAGCCCAUUCCCUCAACCACAUACUGGGAGACCUGUGUGAAGCCCUGGAGAACCGUGGAUCUGUCUAUUCCGUCUCCCUUAACCAUGGUCAGGAUGGGCUAUACUACUUCCGGGAAGAGAGUUUUUUGAUUGGCACGGUGGCCAAGCCACGCCUACAGGGUGCUGAGCUACGAUUACAGCAGCACUUUCGCUGGGUUCAGCUGCGCUGGGACACCGAACCCCUCAAUGGCAUGCUGGGACGUCAUCUCCGAAGAAAACUCCUUCACAAGACUCAGGGGCGGUGCUGGACAUGUGAUGAGCCUGUACCUGAAGCCCUUUCCUGGGUUUGCUCGGUGUGGCAUCAGCUGAAUGCAUGUCUGUCACGUCUGGGGACCUCUGAGGCCUUGCUGGGCCCUUACGUCUUCCUCUCCUGCCCUGUGCAUCUAGAAAAGACCCAGGCCAUUCCAAAAUGGUUGGCAAGGCUUUGGAAUGCAGUCAUAGUUCCACGUGUCGAGGAUGCUGUUAUAUCAAGAGUAACAACCAAGCGUUCGGCCUCGCAGCGACGGUCUCCCAACAACAGCGGUCUCAGCCCGGGUCAGAGAGCUGUAGUCAAAGCGGCUCUGAAUAUUCUUCUGAAUAAAGCCGUGCUGCAGGAAUGCCCUCUCUCUAGAUCAGAGAUUGACAGGCUCUUACCGGAGUUCCAGGGAGGAUGUUUCCCUCUUUCCUCUAUUGGCUCCUACAGGAAAGGUGGCAGAAAAGGGCGUGAUAGCAGUGCUUGGAGACGAGCCAACACUAGUCCACGGAAAAAAGGAAGCCCCGCCUCUGGGAGGAGCUCUAGCUGUUCCUUUAGAGAAGUGUCUCUGGCUAAUUCAUGUGAUGACCAAAUGUCAAAUGCCAAUCAUGCAAGAGUUAGUGUUGGUCUUUCUCUCUGUUCUGAUGAUGAGACUGAUCUAAUCCGAGAACUCCAGACAAUGUGCUCUAGUAAAUCAGAGCCAGACAUAAGCAAGAUCGCUCUCUCUAAAGAGGAGGACUUCAUCAUGCUUCCAGACUCCAGACCGCCCAGUGCUCAGAGGAGUGAUGGUGAGGUCACGUCGUCCCAAACACAUCCUGUUACAACAGAGAGUGUCGUGGAUAUGGCCCUUCCUCCACCACAGAAGAUCGACAGUUGUCUCUAUACUCCUCGACGAGCGACGAGGCCCAGGUCACAUCUGCCCGUCCCCAGCAGCAGAGGGGUUCAGCAGGCGAACACAACCAACGGCACCAGUUCCCUUCAGAGUCACAGCAUUAACCCAAGCAGACCCACCGUGAGCAGCAAAGCAAGGCAGUCCCCAUCUGACAACAACAGAAACAAGUUUCCACAAGACGAGAUCUGGUUCCUGUACCCGAACUGUAAUGAAAACUAUGGUAGUCAUGGAUAGACACAACCCACUGCCCUCCCAUUAUCCGUUAUCACCCUCUGUUUUGUGAAGUUAGGUUACCGGCAGCAUUUUGGUAUUUGUACAUGUUGUCCAUACUUGUUACACUAUAUUACAUUGUGUACUUCGGGACCAUAGUUUUAAUAUAUUAAACUGUUGAAGUAACUUUAAAAAAGUAAGAAUACAAAAAGACUAAUACAAAAAGUGCUUGAACACUUUUGCCUUUUAGGUAAAAUGUUUUGGAUCAAAGUAAGAGCAGGUUGUGUUUUUGCUCUCUAGUAUUUUUAUUCAAGUGUUUUCUGUUUAAGUGAACGCUGAGUUUUAAAAAACUAUUGAAAUCAGGGUUUUACCAAAUAUGUGUAAAUAAGAACAGGGAACUUAAAUGUUGUAUAGAUUAGUGUGUGUGAGUGACAUUGCGCUUGUACAGUACCUGUGCGUUGGAGAAUCUUAAAGGGAAAAUGAGAACUGUACAUACUGUUUGUAAUAUGAAAUUUCAGUUCAUAUUUUUUCACUUGUUUCAAAAACUAAAUGUGGCAAUAAGCUUCGCCAUUGUAAA